GUGCGCGGAGCUUCGCCUGGCACCCCUCACUUUCCUGUGGGAUGGGCCUUUGCCGGCCUCUGGAGCAGCUGCUUCUCACAUUUGAAGUGAACCCCGGUGCUCCCCGGCCCGAGCGCCUUCAGGGCUCCUGAUGUUGGGGUCGGACUGUGGCCACUAAGCAGAAACCCCGAAAGAGGCGCAGAAAUGCUCCUGUCGUUGAAAAGUGCCCCCAGACCCUCCCUGGACCUUCUCCGGGGCCUGCCCCCUGCCUCGGCGGUUCUUCCGGCGCCGGGCCGGGUUUCCCCUCGGGCCGGUAUUUCUUGUGGUCGCAUUCAAAUACCAGUUUUAGGAAGACUUGGGACCUUUGAAACUCAGAUCCUACGAAGAGCUCCUUUUAGAACUUUUACAGAAACACCAGCAUAUUUUGCCUCAAAAGAUGGGAUAAGUAAAGAUGGCUCUGGAGAUGGAAAUAAGAAAUCAGUGAGUGAGGGAAGCAGUAAGAAAUCUGGCUCUGGGAAUUCUGGGAAAGGUGGAAACCAGCUGCGCUGUCCUAAAUGUGGCGACUUGUGCACCCAUGUAGAGACUUUUGUGUCAUCCACCCGUUUUGUGAAGUGUGAAAAAUGCCAUCACUUUUUUGUUGUGCUAUCUGAAGCCGACUCAAAGAAAAGCAUAAUUAAAGAACCCGAAUCAGCAGCAGAAGCUGUAAAAUUGGCAUUCCAACAGAAACCACCUCCUCCUCCCAAGAAGAUUUAUAACUACCUCGACAAGUAUGUUGUUGGCCAGUCAUUUGCUAAGAAGGUGCUUUCGGUUGCUGUGUACAAUCAUUAUAAGAGAAUAUAUAAUAAUAUCCCGGCUAAUCUGAGACAGCAAGCAGAGGUUGAGAAGCAGACAUCAUUAACACCUAGAGAGUUAGAAAUAAGAAGACGGGAGGAUGAAUACAGAUUUACAAAAUUGCUUCAGAUAGCUGGAAUCAGUCCACAUGGUAAUGCUUUAGGAGCAUCAAUGCAGCAACAAAUAAAUCAACAAAUACCUCAGGAAAAACGAGGAGGUGAAGUAUUGGAUUCUUCCCAUGAUGAUAUAAAACUUGAAAAGAGUAAUAUUUUGCUGCUUGGACCAACUGGGUCAGGUAAAACUCUGCUGGCACAAACUCUAGCUAAAUGCCUUGAUGUCCCAUUUGCUAUCUGUGACUGUACAACUUUGACUCAGGCUGGAUAUGUAGGUGAAGAUAUUGAAUCUGUGAUUGCCAAACUGCUCCAAGAUGCCAAUUAUAAUGUAGAAAAAGCACAACAAGGAAUUGUCUUUCUGGAUGAAGUAGAUAAGAUUGGCAGUGUGCCAGGCAUUCAUCAGUUACGGGAUGUAGGUGGAGAAGGCGUUCAGCAAGGCUUAUUAAAACUAUUAGAAGGCACAAUAGUCAACGUUCCAGAAAAGAAUUCACGCAAGCUACGUGGAGAAACAGUGCAAGUUGAUACAACAAACAUCCUGUUUGUUGCGUCUGGUGCUUUCAAUGGUUUAGACAGAAUCAUCAGCAGGAGAAAAAAUGAAAAGUAUCUUGGAUUUGGAACACCAUCUAAUCUGGGAAAAGGCAGAAGGGCUGCAGCUGCUGCAGACCUGGCCAAUCGAAGUGGAGAAUCAAAUACUCACCAAGAUAUUGAAGAAAAAGAUCGACUAUUACGUCACGUGGAAGCUAGAGAUCUCAUUGAAUUUGGCAUGAUUCCUGAGUUUGUGGGACGGUUGCCUGUGGUAGUUCCUUUGCAUAGCCUCGAUGAAAAAACACUUGUACAAAUACUAACUGAGCCACGUAAUGCUGUUAUUCCUCAGUACCAGGCUUUAUUCAGCAUGGACAAGUGUGAACUGAAUGUUACUGAGGAUGCUUUGAAAGCUAUAGCCAGAUUGGCACUAGAACGAAAAACAGGUGCACGAGGCCUUCGGUCAAUAAUGGAAAAGCUGUUAUUAGAACCAAUGUUUGAAGUUCCUAAUUCUGAUAUUGUUUGUGUGGAGGUUGACAAAGAAGUGGUAGAAGGGAAAAAGGAACCAGGAUAUAUCCGAGCUCCAACGAAAGAAUCAUCUGAAGAGGAAUAUGACUCUGGAGUUGAAGAAGAAGGGUGGCCUCGCCAAGCGGAUGCUGCUAACAGCUAAACUGUCAGACUUCUGUCCUGUAUAUAAAGCUUUUCCUUCCUUUGUUUAGGAUCAUAACUGUCUCUACAGUCUGACAUUAAAAGCAUUGGAUCUAUUUUGGAUAUCAUACAUGGUCAGAAACCUUUAGGAUAAAAACAGAUCAUGUAUAUUAUGUAACAUCACAUUGAUUUAUACAGAGGACAUUAUGUAGACUUUAAUGACAGAAUGUUAAGAGAAAACAAUGUACAUUAUUUUGGUUGUUUUUAAAAAAUAUGCUUUAACAAAAUUCUUAGGAGUUCUUUUAAGCAAUGCAGGUAUUGCAAUAACUGUGGAUUUUACAAUAAUGUUACUCUACAAAUGGGAAAAUAAAUU